AUGACACAUCUACUCCCCCCGAUGCUGUUGAACCUGUUCGCCCCGCGGCCGCCGCUGCGAUGGGUUGAGCCGGCCGACCACGCGCCUGAGAAGCGCUGCACGCCCAAGAUUGGCGGCGUUGGCCAGUACUUGGAGGCUCUGAAGGAGUACAAAGACAAUGACGGCUACGUGCCGACCGACAGCUGGCUGCAGAAGCGCGAUCGCAAGAAGCUCGAAAAGAAGGAGAAACAGGAGUAUCUGCUUACGGAAGGGGUCAAAGAUUACAAACCUUCCGAAGACCCUAAAGUUCAGGGCGACGCCUUCAAGACGCUCUUCGUUUCUCGCUUAUCCUAUGGCGUCACCUCCGAUGACCUCGAGCGCGAAUUCGGCCGCUACGGUCCCAUCGAACGCAUCCGCAUCGUCGAAGACGUCACUCAGCCUGCUGACGCGCCAGCUAAGAAGCGAAAGCGCGGUUAUGCUUUUAUCGUGUUUGAGCGCGAAAAGGACAUGAAGGCUGCAUACAAAGAGACAGACGGUAUCAAGAUCAAAGAUCGACGCGUACUUGUGGAUGUUGAGCGCGGUCGCACUGUCUCUGGAUGGCGCCCUCGUCGCUUCGGUGGCGGUCUCGGUGGACGAGGCUACACCAAGGGUCCGUCUGCUCGUGGACCAAGUGGAGGCGGUAGCCAAUUCGGAGGACCCCCAGCUGGCCCUGGUGGCUUCGGAGCCCGUGGAGGCGGUUUCGGUGGUGGUUUCGGCGGACGAGGUGGUGGUCGUGGCGGCUUCGGCGGUGAUCGAGGUGGCUUCCGAGGUGGAUUCGGUGGCGGAGGCCGCGGACGAGGUGACUUUGGUGGUAGUCGUGGAGGAAUCGGAUACCAAUCCAACGGCUACGGACCUCCCGAUGGCGCGCCCGCAGGUCCCCGCGGUCCACGAGGGGGUGGCUUUGGCGGCGAUCGAGGAGGCGGUGGUGGAUUCGGAGGCGACCGAGGCGGAGGCGGAGGACGAUACGAAGACCGACGUGGCGGCGGAGGCGGCGGCUUCGACCGUGGAUCCAGCGGCGCUAACAAUGAACCGCUUGGCAGCAGAGAUCGGUAUCGCGACCGCGACGGUGGUGGGUACGGUGGAGGCCGAGACGAUGGCUCAAGGAAGCGCGGCUACGAAGGCGACAGCUACGACGAUCGGAGCCAGCGCCGCAGAUACUAG